AUGUCUUUCCUUCAUGGUGUUCUCAGUGGAGUGAGGGAUGAUGAUAACGUUACAACUUAUGAUAAAAAUAAUGUUCCUAAUAUUACUAAAGUUAUUACCACUUUACAUGAUAAUGUAGGUAAAGGCCGUCAGGCCUUCGAGGAGGCCGUGCGUCAGGUGGACCAGAAAACAAGCGAAGUGAAGAGUAAAUUAGGUAAAUACUACAAUCAAGUCUACGACAAGACCGACUUAAAUGGGCAGCUGCACGAGUGGAGAGGGACGCUCGGCAAUAUUUUAGUAGACCUCCGUAAAAUUGAGACAGACAAUAUUAAUUUGUUAGAUAGCGCACUUAAGUCACGCAUAAUGCAUGAGACUAAGCCGAUACAGAAGUCGGUUGAGGUGCUGCUAAACUCUGCCUCGGAUCCGGGGUUAGAGGGGCACGUCAAGUAUGUAGACAAUACGCUGGUGGAAAGGAAUCAAAAGUUAGUUGACGCGGUGAACGAGGAGAUUGAAAAGCUUCGAGAAAUGUUAGAUAGCCAGCUUUUGAAAAUUUGGGAUGGUGUAGAGUCGUUGAGAAACACUAAGAGCGGUUACUUUGAAGGUAUAAAAAAAACGCUGCAGGCAAUGCAGAGUUUUGUGGACAAUGAAUUUGGGGAUAACUACAACAGUUUCAAACUUACGAUUGUUAACUAUUUUAAUGACAUCAAGGCUGAAGUUUACAGAGCUCAUGCAAGGUUAGCCGCAAAAAAGGAUGAGCUUACAGAGUUGGUAGGCAGUGCACAGCGGAGUGUUGUGGCGCUUAAGGAUAAGGUUGUAGAUGCGGGCGGAACAACAGGUGAAAUACAUACGAAUUGGCCGCAACUUAAGAAGACGAUUACGGGGCUUGUUGCAGACUUGGCAGGAGAUGCAGAACGUACGAAGCGUGGAAAUCUAAAGAAAAUUAUUGACGAGGUCAAGAAAUAUGCAGAGAAAUUUAAACAUGAGGGUAGUGAAUAUACUGGAAUGAGAGGUAUCCUGCGGGGUUGGAUACAGAAGAUUUUGCAGAGCAAACCGGUUACAGGUUCCCUGGCCACCGCCGUUGCAAUUAUCAACGGCGAUCCCAAUAAACGUACUCCAUUCAUGUUUCCGAUGGAUAGCGUUGACAAGGUUGCAAAACAAAUUGCUGCUGCACUUAGCACAGAAAUUACGACAGCGCAAAGUUCGAUUGGUGACGUGCAAUCUGGUGUUAAUAGCAUGGAGCAAAACGUGAAUCUUAUAAACACUGUCUGCAAUAAUUUUGCCAAACAGCUUGAGCAGAAAAUCGAAUCUAGCAACUUCGAUAAUAUUGUGAAUGCUAUUAAGAAUGAUGUUAAAACUAGUCGGAUUAAUAACAACGAAUCACAUCUCCGGGGCCCUGCUCGUCUAAUUCUUUACCAACUCCUUGGUAUAGCAAAGCAAGUUGGCGCAGAAGUACACCAAUUUACUGUGUCGGAGUCUGAACUUAACAACAAUGUGAGGCUUGCAAUAGGAAAAGUCGAAGAGAUCGGCGAGCAAGUAGACGAUAAGAGCAGUUCAGGCAAGUACACCCAGGGUCUCGGCAAUAAAAUUGAUGAAGCUUUAUCGGUUGUACAACUAAAAGUUGGGGAGCUUGAUGGAUUGUUAGGCGACAAGCUAAACGCUGCAGGGUCAAUUCAGGAUAAGCUAGGAGAGAUGCAGACCGAAGUAAUCACAGAACUUGAUAGACUCCAAAAAGACGAUGCAAGCACAGGCGGCAGCGUCGAAAUGUAUAAAGCUAAAGCUACACGGGAAAUGGAGACGUUGAGAAAUAAACUCUCUUAUAGCAUCGAUCUCACCAGGAGAGAAGUAGCCGCUGCCGAUAAAGCCUUAGACGUCUCCAUCAGUGCCCUCCAAACCACAGUAGAAAGCGCCGCAAAAGAAGCACAAAAUGCUCGCGAAAACCUCCGAGAUACCCUUCUCCAAAAUAUAGAAACAGCCUUCCUCCUACUCACCAACCAAAUGCGUGCCAUGUUUUGUGCGCAACACCAAGCUGAUCUAACCGCCCUCGCAACAUUAGCGGAAACGCAAAAAUCUUCAAUUGAAAAAAUUAUUGCGACCGACAGAAUCACCGGCCUGAAAGGCCUCUUGCAAAAAUUACGCGCCAACUAUAUUCCUCACGUUGAUAAGAUUGACCAGAACUCCAAGUUUAAUUUUGCCGCUUCAUCAGUACACGCCGCAUUUAUUGACUUUUCUCGUCAGUUGAAUAAACAAUCCGACAUCACCGACCAUGCUCCCCAAAUCAACGCACUCCACGCCUCCCUGGAUGACGUCUUCGACAAACUGCUCCACCACCAGCACUUCCACCACGCCGUCUCCACGGCGCGCGAAGCCUUCGAGGCUUCGCUCCAAGCAUUCAAAGCCGACACCUUCCCCGACGCCCCCAAAAAAGUGCUGCAGCCCCUGAAGCAGGGCCUUGAGAAAUUCGCGCAGGAGCUAGAAAAGCAGUACGUCAGCAGGUACUCGGGGAUGGCGGAGCGCUUUGAGUGGACACAAAGCGUUGGUGAUCCCCAAACUCAAAAACAAGAGCCCACGGAGGACGCCAAAAAAUGCGCCAAGGUUUUCAUGACCUGCGUGCAAACGUUGUUGGACAACCUCAGUGAGCUCAAGGACAAUUGCACCAAUGGAGGCAGUUGGGGCAAGAAACAAAUUAACCGCACUACCCAUCUGGGAAAUUUCCUGCAGUCGGUUGGUUACGGCGUCGCCACCAGCGACAAAAAUCAGAACGGCGAACUGCGCAAUUACUCCAAGAUGAGGGGUCUCCAAAUUCAUGAGAAACUGGCUGCCAUCAUAUGCAUAGAUUCAUCCACGCAUGUUCCACAGUGCAAGCCAAAAGGUAAAGAUAGUAACUUUGACAUAAUAGAUUUUAUUGAAUGUAUUAUGCAACAUGUUCAUGAAUACUACCGUGUAUGUCACCACUCCACAUUGUCCUCCACCAAGCAUCCGACCACCGUCAACCAGAUGCUCCGGUGGCUGAGUGGCCUCACCUAUAAUCCUAUAUAUGACGCAUUAACACUCGACGGCUUCGAAGAGCUGUUAAAGCAAUAUCAGGAGAAAGACUCCGACACACCUGUAGCAGCCGAUAAGGCAGAAGGUGAGGAGGGUCCCACCUUUGCCGUCCUCAAUGACCUGUCGUUGGAAGCCUACCCACAUAAGAUCACAGUUGACAAACUAACAGACAAUCUCCUAGAAGUAUGUCAGUAUUCCCACGGCGUGCUCGUCGCCAUACUUGGCAACGGUCACGAGGAUGGUACUUAUGCUUGCGACUACAACGCAAACUCUGACAAAUUAAUGUACCCCUCUAUACCCGGCGCCUGCAUUCAGAUGUUCACCGAGGUACUGUGCAGAGUGCAUCACCAGUUGUACUUCCUGUUUAAUCAGUGUUACUACACCACUCAAUAUGGCGGCUGGCGUGACUGCUGGUACGGCAAGGGAGUCGCCGGGUCAGGCUGGCAGUGCAAUGAGAUGCAAUGCCCUGGUCAAGCGGGUGACCAAAAGGCUGACCAAAUGCACAACCAAACAUGUAGUCAAAAGUGUAACCAAACUGUUGAGUGCGGUCUGAAAUCACCGUUGCAGUCUUUCCUAGAAGAUGGACUACAAGGGUUCCUUCCGCAUACCCUUACCAAGCUUGGAUGCGGAGCGGAAUGCUCUGUUGGUAAACAUCGAGGCCUCCCUUGUAAAACGCCUAUGGGUUUUAACAAUAUCGGCACAUUGGCGUCACGCAGUAGAACCGGCGAGCACAUCAAAAAUGUGCUCCACGAAUUUUGUGGCAAAUCGUAUAAGCCGCUCAGCCAAAUGUGUAACUACCUAGUAUGUCUAUUACCCAGCGCGCCGACAACGCUUGGCGACAUGUUUGGGUUCUAUUAUAAUUUGCUUAAAGACCCGAGUAAGAGCAAAGAACAUAGAAUAGAUGCCUUCAACAAGGCAGUAACAAGUGCCAACUUUGAGGAGCCGACAACUCUGGACAUCACUCCGCUAUUCGGCAACAGCAAUCAUGUUAUUCCGAAGCCCCAGGAGCAGAAAAAUAGUCAUGUCACCGGUGAUCUCUAUUCUCUGGUGGAGUGCAAGAAGAAUUCGAAGUCCACCGUUGGACAUCCCUGUGGUCCGUAUCUCAGACCACUUUGCCGAGACGUAUGUGUAACGUUCUCAGUGAAACACGCAGCUAAAUAUCUCUCAUGGGUUGUGUACACUACUGAAACGUUUCACUCACUACUAAAGAAAUUGUACGAAGAGUGCAAUGGUAAUUGCGGCGAUGAGCAACCUAAGUGCCGUGUCACCAAAUGCAGUAAAGAGUGCGGCACAAUGAAGGCGCCGCAGUCUCCAGAAUCCAAGCACAAUGAGUCAUGUGGUUCCAUUGUGAAGUGUCAAUAUACGCUUCCGACCCUGUUCAAAUAUGGGUUUGUACAUGAGAACAUUGAGAUCCUUUCUGACAACUCAAGUAAGCGGACGUGCAAGGAUCUAUGUACGGCAUUACAUAAUGUCAUUAACGAGAAAGAAAAUGUAAAAGCUGCGCUAGCAGAAUUAAUAUUCAGGACAAUUCCUGAUUACCUAUGCAAAAUCAGAUGGCCAUUUAUGACAACAUUAUUAGCCCUCUGGUCGCUCUCGCUCCUGUACUUGCUGCACAUCGCCGUCGUCCGCCUCGACGUCCUGAGGAUACGCUCACACCUGAGAUCACCCUCAAGUCACCGCAUCGCCGCGCAGUCGCUGCUCGCCGCCGCACGCGUCAAGGCACUCGCCAACGUCAAGUACUUCUCACCAUAA